UUGCAAGAUUUUUCCAAGUUUGAAGUCCCACACGAAGCAAAUCGAUAAGCAUGUCAAAAUCAAACACGUUUUUGCUUCGUUCCCUCCCUCAUCUGAAAACUUUUUGCUCAACUAUCAAUCCCUUCUCUGCAAACUCUCUCAUUUUUUCCCUCUCUCUGUCUCUGUUUCCUUUCUUCUCACUCUCCCACCGAAAUCUGUGUUGCUUGCUUGCUCCACAUGGGGGAACAAUCGCUGAUAUACAGCUUCGUGGCGCGUGGGACUGUGAUCCUGGCAGAGCACACCGACUUCGUCGGAAACUUCGGGGACGUGGCGUUACAGUUCUUGCAGAAGCUUCCAUCAUCCAAUACCAAGUUCACAUACAACACCGACGGCCACACCUUCAACUACCUCGUCCACAAUGGAUUCACUUAUUGUGUUGUGGCAGUGGAGUCUACUGGUCGCCAGAUUGCAAUGGCCUUUCUUGAACGCAUCAAGGAAGAUUUUACAAAGAGAUAUGAUGGAGGCAAAGCUGCAACAGCAGCACCUAAAGGCCUAAACAAAGAAUUCGGACCCAAGUUGAAGGAGCAUAUGCAAUAUUGUGUGGAACAUCCAGAAGAGGUUUGCAAACUUGCGACAGUAAAAGCUGAGGUUUCCGAAGUCCAGCAAGUUAUGAUGGCAAAUAUUGAUCAGGUUCUUAAUCGUCAGGUGAAGAUUGAUGUUUUGGUGGAUAAAACUGAGGACCUUCACGAUCAGGCACAAGUUUUUAGGGGGCAGGGAGACCAACUAAGGAGAAAGAUGUGGUUUCAGAACAUGAAGAUGAAGCUAAUAGUUUUUGGCAUCUUAUUUUGCUUCAUUCUUGUAGUUGUUCUUUCAGUGUGUCGUGGGUUCAACUGUGGUGAAUGAGUGUUCUCAUUCAUAUUGAAUCGCUUACAACAUAGAGACCCUUAGUACAUUUAAUAUUGUUGUAUAUAUAGUAUGACAUUAUAAAUUUGUUUAUUUGAUUGACACUGUCAAAUUUGAAUAGAAAAAAAAAAUGCGAAAAACAAAGUGAAAGGAUCAAAAAUCAACAAUGUGCCAUAUUAUAU